AUGGUGCGGACACCCUCCAUCUCGAUCUCGUCGAGUGAGAAAGACAAGGACAAGGCGACCCAAACGCUCUCUUCUGCCUUUGCAUCCAUGAUCGCCGUGGGUGCGCCCUACCAGACCUCGCGAAAUCAGCUCAAGGUCGAAGACGCUUCUUCCGCGUCCACCGACACCCGCGAGUCGGGACGAUCGCGCAAGAAGUCGAGUCGAUUCAGCGCCUUCAGUCGGUCCGGGCGCAGUCCGUCGCCUUUCCGAUUCGGGCUGUCGAAGAAACGUUCCUCGUCGGCAAACCGAUUGAAGGUCAAUCCGGAUGACGAUACGGGGUCGGAGCGCAGCGAGAGGGAGAAGGAUAGCGAUACAGAGUCGGUCAUGAGUAGCGCGUCGGGGAUCACGCCGAGGAACAAUGCGUUCUUCAGCCCGGAGGAUGAGGAGGAGAUCGAUUUGUCGGUGCCUUCUUCGCAUGGCCGGCGGCGGCACCCUGCCUCGUUGCAUGGAGCCGAGUCGCAAUUGCCCACGUCGGGGUCGUCAACCAGUCUCACGAGUGCUACGGGUGUAGAAGCGGAUGUGGAGUCGGUUGCGGAUUCGGAUUCGGAUGAUGACGAUGCUCCACAUGCCUCUUCCAGCGGCAACGGCGCAGGCGAGGAGGAGGAGGACGACGAGGACCCCGACGAGAUGGAUCCAGAGGUGCUCGACAACACGCUCUACAACGCAGAAUGCCUCACCUCGCACCAGCACUGGAACGGGCCCAAGUCCGAAGAUGGUCAUCCCCACUUUGACACCUACGAGGACGAAGACCUGGAGCGCGACGAUGAUCACAUUACGGCGCCUAACGUGGUGCUUGCCGAAGAUCAGGUGUCGACUUUUCUCACAAGGCGCGGCUCCAAGAUGCUUUCGCUCACCACGUCGCGUCCGCGCUACGAGCGUAAUCGAUGCACCAUCACCAUCAGUCACGGCGAUGCCGAUGCGGCGGCGAAGAACAGCAAGCGACCCAAGCGCUAUGUCGUCGCCUCGGAUGGAUCCGAAGAAUCCUCGUAUGCAGUGGAAUGGACGAUCGGAACAGUGCUCCGGGAUGGAGACGAGAUGCUGGUAGUAUCCGUCAUGGAGACGGACAGCAAACUCGACGCGCUCGAUCCGAAGCACGAAGAAGUCUCGGCACGAAUGGAGCACCAGCGCAUUCGUCAAGCCAUGGCGUCCGUGCUGGCCAAGCAAGCCACCCACCUACUCGAACGCACACGGUUGGAGGUCAAGAUCUCCUGCCAGGCGAUCCACGCCAAGAAUCCGCGCCACAUGCUGUUGGACCUGAUCGACUUUUACGAACCGACCAUGGUGGUGGUCGGUUCGCGCGGGUUGGGCUCGCUGCGUGGAAUCCUGCUCGGUUCGACAUCGCAUUAUCUGGUGCAAAAGUCGAGUGCGCCGGUGAUGGUGGCUCGUAAGCGAUUGAAGUUGCCGGCGUUGCCGAGGGGCAAGGGCGAUGUGGUGGAGUCGGUGCGCGCGAGACAUAUGCGUUUGGACCAGGCGUCGAUCGAAAAGCUCUCCAACGCUGGCGAGGAAGGGAAAGAAGAUGGCGAGAAGGAUGGCGAGGAGAAGAACACGACGGAAGAGGAGACUUCGCCGGACAAUGAGACCGGCGCCAUCAGCACUGUCGAUAGCGUCACCACCACCGACACUGUCUCGGAAGCGCAGACGCCCGUCACGCCUUCCCCACCCCGCACACCCAGCCCAACCUCCAAAUCACCCAUCAACGUCGAUGGCAGCCCCAAGCUCCAACGCAAGUCGUCCAAAGCUGGACCCACCGCCAUCCCACACACGUCGCUCGAGCGUGAGGCCGAGACGCGCGUGCAGAUCCAACAGCGCAAGGAGGAGGCGGCCAAACUGCACGAGGGCGACAAGAAGAGGCACCUCUUUGCGCAUCAUGGUGAUCCGCUGAAGAUGGACAAGGACGCAUUGCUGAGCGAUAGCGAGGGCGAGUCGAGGGAUGAGGUGACCAGGAGAGCCGGAGUCAAAGGGCCAAAGGAGGAGGCGGGAAGCAGGCCGAGAGGCGAUGGUGUCAAAGGCACUCCUUGA